UGGGACACUGACAUAGUCACUGCUGAUCAACAAGAGACAAGAGGCAAGACAAGACAAGAGAACAUGGACUACCAGACUGGAUUAUGUUUCAUCACCUUUCUGACUGUUGCCUUCAGCACCUCUGUUUCUACACAGUUCUACUCUGUUGACUUGGAUAGUCAAUCAUUUAAUGAUGCUCAGAAUUUAUGUGCAGCUGAUGGAUUUCUGGCUAACAUGCCCAACGAGGAAGAAACUAACAACAUUCUGAAUGUUAUUAAGGACAAAGGAUACACAACCUCUACGUCAUACUGGAUUGGACUGAAAAUAGAGAAGGGAGAGUGUGUUCAAAAAAAUCUACCACUUAAGGGUUUCUACUGGACUGUAGAUAACAGCACUAAAUUUGAUCUUAAUAAAUGGAAAGAAGAACCACCUCCUACUUGUACAACUGCACUUUGUGGACUACUCUCUGUGGAGUAUACCGGCUCUACAUUAGUGAGCUGGGGAUUAAAUUCAAUGACCUGCAACAGGAAGUUUCCCUUUAUUUGCAAACAUAAAACAUUGAGUAAGAACAUAGCAUGUUCUUCUAAACCAAAGAUUUUAGGGGCUCAUUACACCACAGAAAAAAAAUAUGACCCAUAUACACUCCAGGUUUCUUGCAGUACCACAGACAUUUUCAUGUUGACCUGUUCAAAGAAUACCGGUAAAUGGAAGCUGGUAGGUGGAACAGAGACAGACAUACAAGAACUUUGUCUUACAUGUAACAAUGGAUACAAAAAAGAUAAAGAUGGAAAAUGUGUGGAUGUAGAUGUAUGUAAGCAAUUCAAUAAUUGUACAUUCAUUUGCUUUAAUUCAGAAGGCUCAUAUAACUGUAUGUGUGUUGAAGGAAUGAGCAAUUUUCACAAUGAAAUAUCAGAAAUAUGCCAAAAACAAAAGGAAGCAAAAACAUCAAUUUUUACGUCAGCCAAUGAUGACACUAAGAAAGUCAAGGAUGAAACAACUUCCUCUUCCAUGGACAAGAAUUCUCCUUCUUCAUCUCAAUUAGACGUUUAUAGUACUGUUGAAAGUCAGCUUCAUAUUGAGAAAAGCUCUGGAGACUUUUCAAAUAUUAUCAUCCCUCUAAUUAUAACUUUGCUGAUUUUUGUGGUGUUGGUCGUGAUUAUCGUGGCCAUUGUGAAAUACUGCCUCAUGAGAAGUGCCAGGAAACGGGCAAAGGAAAGGGCAGCAGCCUUGAAAGAAUCAGUUGCUCUGAAUGGAUCCGACUCUAUGGAAAAAGUGAACGAAUAAUCAGCUAAUCGGCUAAAGUCUUGACUAAUUUAAAUACACACAUGUAUUUAACACAUUUGUGUCCACAUGGGUUUUCUCUGGGUUUCUCCGGUUUCCAUCUGCACACCAAAACAAAAAUAGUAGCUGAAUUGACUAGAUAAAUAGUCAUUUUAAGCUUGAGAGAGAGAAAGAGAGAGAGAGAGAGAGAGAGAGAGAGAGAGAGAGAGAGUGUGUGUGUGUGUGUGUGUGUGUGUGUGUGUGUGUGUGUGUGUGUGUGUGUGUGUGUGUGUGUGUGUGUGUGUGUGUGUGUGUGUGUGUGUGUGUUCCUGCCUUGCAACUAAUACUCCCAGAAAAGGCUCCGGAUCCACUGCCACCCAGACAAGGAUAAAAAGGCUAAAGAAGAAUAUGAAGGAAUGAACAAACAUGGAAUAUUUCAAAAGAACUCAUUGGCCUGACUGCCAAUAUCUGAUAGGCACUGAAUAUGUAAAUAUUAAAUUCUGUUUAAUUCUUGCUUUUAUUUUUAAUUUUUUUUUUUUGGAAAUCAUGGUUUUAUUAUAGUUUUAGACAGAUAUAAGUUCUAUACAUGUUGUAAGAGAGGUGUAAUUUGUUAGAGAUAGGAGUUUCAAAAUGAAUGUGCUUGUAUGAAAGUUUACAGAUCUUGAAACUAUAAAGAAAAUUUUUUUUUUUU